ACAUUAAAGGAAUUACAAGCUGCAAUACGAACCAUGGGGCCUUCGGCGCCCUACACUAUACAGAUAGUGGACAUGGUGGCCAGCCAAUGGUUAACUCCGCAUGACUGGCACCAGACUGCCAAAGCAACUCUCUCCCCGGGGGAUUAUAUCCUCUGGAGGACAGAAUAUGAAGACAAGAGCAAAGAAACUGUACAAAAAUCCUCAGGAAAAAGGGGGCCCGAGGUAACUUUAGAGAUGAUGCUGGGGACAGGAGCAUUUGUUGCCCCUGCUUCUCAGGUAAAAAUACCCAAGUUUAUCCUAAAAGAGGUUACUACCAACGCUGUUUUGGCCUGGAGAGCAAUCCCGCCUCCUGGGUCAAAAAAGACUGUCUUGGCAGGAAUAAAACAAGGAAAUGAGGAAUCUUAUGAGACCUUUGUCUCUAGACUGGAGGAAGCUAUCCACAGAAUGAUGCCCCCAGGAGAAGGGGCUAAAAUGCUCUUAAAGCAAUUGGCAUGGGAAAAUGCUAAUUCACUAUGCCAGGAUCUUAUAAGAUCAGUGAGAAAAACGGGAAGUAUACAGGACUAUGUCAAGGCCUGCAUAGAUGCCUCUCCUACAGUGGUACAGGGGAUGGACUAUGCUGCUGCCAUGAGAGGACAGAAAUACUCAGCCUUUGUUAAAUAA